UUUCCACGCUCCUUCCUCGGAGCAUCCGGGAGCCCCACGGUUUGGCCGCUGCGGCUCCUGGACGCUGCAAGCGGUGGCGGCGGGAGACCUCUGCAACCCAGCGGUUUGUAACCCACCUAAGUCAUCACUGUAGCAGUCUAAUUGAUUACUAUCUUUUUUUCAGGUGGGCACAAAUCUUACAGACCUCUCAUUAGCAAAGAAGAUCACUUUGCGGGAACUGGGGGGAUGCAUGGGUCCCAUCUGGUCUAGUUACUACAGUGACUGCUGUUGUGUCCUGUAUAUGAUUGACGCUGCCAGGCCUACCCAGAUUUCUUCAUCCUGUGUUCAGCUUCUGUCACUCCUUUCUGCUGAAGAGCUAGCAUCCGUUCCUGUCCUCAUCAUUUUCAACAAGAUUGAUCUACCAUGUUACAUGUCCCUCGUGGAGAUGAAGUCAUUAUUCCGAAUCCAGGAUAUCAUUAGCUUCGCCAAACAGCCCAUCACUAUUUUGGAGACUAGUGCACGUGAUGGCACAGGCUUGUCUAAUGUGUUGGAGUGGUUGAAUUCCACUCUGCGUGAUUAAAACUGACUCUCCCAGGAGCUGGAGCUAGUUCUCAACUCAAAGACCUCAGUUACACAAAAAGUAGAAGAAAGAGAGCUGAUCAAUAGGGCUGCAUCUGCAGAAGUGAAUAGGAAGUACAAGCCAAAAAACAAACCAAAACUCAAAAAAAACCUCACUGUCCCUUGAAGGCAGUGGGAAUAACAUUGCUGCCACAGACUGAUAGUUUGAAACUGAGAAUGAAUAUUUUUCUAUUGAAUCAAUAUAUUUCAUCUUUUGUGUGACACAUUGCUACUAGGUAUCUGGAACAGAAUGUUUUUAUGGAAGGGAAGACCAACUACCUCUGUAUUCAUUGUUUUAUUUAAGGAUUUCAUCUCUCAGAAUCUAAGUGCCCACCAGGUCAAUACCCAUCUCAGUUUUUUCUUAGAUUAUGUUUGCAUGAUGUUUAAGUCAUGCAAUAGUAUAGUUUUCUGUGGUAUCCAAAGUUCUUCCAUUAUUAGCACUUUGUGGUUUCUAAACAGUCUAAGUGCAAUUAUAACAGAAUAUGCAAUUGUUCCUUAAUUAUUAGCAGAAUAGUUGCAGCAGGCACAUAGAUUGUGUCACUUGAUUAGGGGGGAUUGCACAUUUUUAGAAUGUUGGGGCAGAACCACUCUGCUGACUUUCCUGAGUUGCAGCAUAGAGUAUUUAAGAAAGAACAUAAGUAUGUAAUAACUGACAACAGACAUACAAAUAUGUCUCAAAGGAAUGGUGGUCUGAAAGCAACUGAAACAAAUCAGAACUAAGUAAGGUACACAUGUAUACUUCUCUGUGCUGGAAUAGACAGGAAGGUUUAAACCUUCCCUUCCUACCCACCAAGUUUAGGGUAAGGGGCUCAGAUCAUUGUUGCCUUGCUGAUAUUAUAAUUAAAGAAACAAUGAUCAGGAAUCAGAAUCACUAAGAGGCGGCCAAAGGGCCCCCCUCCCCCCAUUUGCCAGCUGUUAUGAUAUAAAUUGUUAUAUCCUUGCUGCUAAUAGCUAACAGUCACUUCAAGGAGGUAUAUCUUUCACCUCUCCUGUAAUUCUGAUGCACAUUGCUGUUUCCUGGCUGCUAAUAGCAGCAGGAAUGCCAAUCGAUAUUCCUGAGCCUCACCAGUAUUUGUGCUUGUGCUAUUACUCUCAAUAAGUCUCUCAGGUCCUAGCUGGGGUAUUCACUUCCCCAGUUCGUGCCUCUUUGCUUUCUUCAGAAAGAGAUGAUUUUGGCCAGAGAAGUCCACAUUAUUGUUAUUCUGAAUCACUUGUUACUCCCGUUCUCAAGGACAAAGAUGGUGGACAAGGCCACUGGAACUGUUUUUAAGGUGGGGAGGCUCAACAUGGGUAGACAGUUUGUUAUUAAUUUUGCCUAUUUGUAAGUAUAUUUUUUGCAAAGGUCAAAACACAGAAUGCAUUGCAUUACAAUGCCCACCACCAGGUGAAGCAGGAAAAAUUCAACUACCAUGAAAGCAACAGCAAAAUAAAAGUUACAAAACUAGGUAAAUAAAAUUAAGCAAAUAAAAAUGAAGUGAAUGCAAAGGUGCCUAUAAGAUCUACAUUUGUCUCUCUGCUUUGCUACUUUAAAAGCAAAAAUUGUGGAGAUAAGAUUGCACACAUAAUGUUCUUAAAGCAAAAUGCAAAAAUAUAUACGUGUACCAAGCCUGAGGUGCAGAUGUGUAGAACAGAAAUAGAAAGAAAAUUACUUCUUCCAUGCAUUAUCAUGUAACCAUUUUGUAUAAUGUGUACUUAGAUGUCACCCUGAUGUGUUUGGCUGUAGCUCACUUGCAAGCAAGAAUGCAUAGGCUCAAUUACAUGCAACCUGUUAUUCAUGGGAGAGCUCAACUGCAAUAGCUAUCUCAAAUUGUGUGUGUAUGCUAUUUAUCAUUGGGUAUACUUGUGAUUGGUAAUUGACUGAUUGAUAAUCCUGAGAUUUAUAGUUUGGUGAGGUAUUCAGUGCUCCACUGCCUUACCAAACCACAAAUCUCAGGAUUCCACAGGAUAGAGUCAUGGCCAUUAAAGUAGUGUCAAACUAUUUAUUUCUACAGUCUAUCCCUGAGUUAGGAAGAGAAUCUUGAAAUGGUCCAGCUGAAAAUUUUAAUCAUUGCUUGAUUUUAUUUGAUUGCAGGUUUAGUUGAUUGUUCACUUUGCUGCUGUUGUGUGCCUUCAAGUCAUUUCUAACUUAUGGCAACCCUAAGGUGUCCCCAUCACAGGGUUUUCUUGGCAAGAUUUAUUCAGAGCAGGUUUGCCUUUGCCUGAGGGUGAGAGAGUGUGACCUGCCCAAGGUCACCUAGUUUGGUUUUUAUGGCUGAGCUUAUUUAACCUAAAAUAUUUUUCUCAGAAAUUACUUAUCUAAAACUAAAAUUUAAUAUGGCUUUAAGUUUAAACACACAACAACAACAACAACAACAACAACAACAUUUGUUUUGGGAAAAGUAUUUGAAGCCUUGUUGGUAACUCCAUGUAUAAGUGUCAUGCCACAUUAAGCAGGCAUAGCUAGAGAGUUGUCUGGGUCAAGGGCUCUUUAGUUAAAACCAGAGGAAAUAAACAUCCACUUGAUGGCAGCAGUGAGGAACAAGAAGUAAAGCCUCUGAUGGUGUCCAUCCUAUCACACUUACCGGUUACACUGAUAAUUUCCUCUCAGCAGUUCCAUUCCCUACACACAUUAAUCAGGCUUUUCAGGAAGAACAAUAAUAUACAUUAUGCUCAGGGAUAUAUUGGAUUUUUGACAUUCAUCUAAGUUUUAAAUUAAAUCUCUGCCUUUUAAACAUAUCUUGGAUUUCUUUUACAAGUUCUUGUUCAUUCUAAAAGAGGAGAUAAACUUUUGAUAGAUAAACAGUAAACAAUGGAAUAUGCCUAGUAAGGAUGUAGCAGAAAAAGUCAUUCUUAGUAAAACUCUGCUGUAAGAUUAUUAAACAGUAUGGAAGCCAUUUAUUUCUAUUGAGUCUUAUGUCCCUUUGGUUUGUUCAUAGUCCCACACAGAAGAGUUCACACUGGGAAGAAUGUGAACUGACCAAGAUUAUUUUGGUCACUUACAAUGAACAAAAGUGGACUGAAUAGUGGUGCAGUAAAUAAAGAAGACAACUAGGAUUUGGAAGGGCAGUGAUGAAGGAAUGUGACAAGAUUAUGAACUGUAAAAACAUACUGUAUCUUUGAAUACUAAAGUUAGGAUUGUCCAUGGCAUCAUAGUUCCAAUUUCUAUGUAUGGUUGUGAAAGCUGGGCAAUGAAAAAGCUGGUAAGAAGAAAAUUAACAAAUUUGAAAUGUUUUGAUGUUCUAUGGAUACCAUGGCCUGAUAAAAAAAACCAAUAUGGGUUCUAGAACAAAUCAAGCCUAAGCUCUCCCAAGAACCCAAGAUGAUUACACUGAGAUUCUCGUACUUUGGACAUGUCAUGAGAAGACAUGACUCACUAGAAAAGAGAAUAAUCCUUGGCAAGGUAAAAGGCAGCAGGAAAAGAGGAAGACUGCAUUCCAGAUGAAUAGAUUGAAUCAACAAAUUCACAGCCAUGAGUCUGCAAGACCCGAGUUGAUAAUGGGGUGACCUGGAGGUCUCCGAUUCAUAAGGUUGCCAUAAGUCAACAUGAUGCCAAUUUACAGCAAAUAAAUGCCAGCUUACACAUUUUAUAAACUGAUGUGUGUAAUGGAUGGAUAGGCAAUUGUCAAAGUUCUACACUGGGGCCACUUGCAGGAGUCCUGGUUGGCUGAGCCAGUGAUGAGGAAUGCUGGAAACUGCAUUCAACAACAUGUGGAGGGCUUCUUAAUUCUACUCUAGUCUACAAGGUUCCACCAAACAAAUAUUCUCAAUAAACCAAUCUAUUUGUAAACAUUUCAAGAAAGAGCAGAAGCACAGCCCCAUUAGUACUCAAUAAAUUAAUUAAUUUUUAAAACUGAGUAAUUAAUUCAACUCCAUUACUUCUCAAAAAAGAGCAGUAGGACAACCCCAUCCAUUCUAAUUUUACAUGCUAUGUUGAAUGCCUUCAAGCCCCUUCUGACUUAUGGGGAACCCAAGGAAAACCUAUCAUCAAGAUUUGUUCACAGGGAUGUUGCCAUUACCUUUAUCUGAGGCUGAGAAAGUGUGGCUUGCCCAAGGUCACCAAGUGGGUUUCCAUGGCUGAGUGGGCAUUCAAACCCUGGUCUCUCAGAGUCCUCGUCCAGUACUUAAAUCAGUACACCACAGUAGCUCUUUUAUAUGCUAUGCCACCCUUAAAUCUCCACCUGCCAGGCUCCUUUUUGUUGUUUGUUGUUAACUGCUAUCAAGUUAGCAUUGAUUUAUGAAUGAGACACCUCUAAGUCAUACUAUCAGGUCUUCAGGACUGUGGUUUCCUUCACUGAGUCUAUCCAUCCAGAAUGUGAUCUUCCUCUUUUCCUACUGUCUCUCACUUUAGCAAGCAUUAUAGUAUUUUCUAAUUAGGUAUGUCCCAUCAUGAUAUGGUCAAAAUAGGGUAGUCUCUGUUUAUCUUCUAUCUUCCUGUUUUUCCAGUUCUUACUACCACAGUAUGAAUAAAAAGUAACAAUGGCCUGAUACAGACAGGACAAAAUAAAGCUGCUUCGAGUCACUUUGGAGGUAUGGUGUUUCAAUGAUGCAUGCAUCCUAA